UUUCUCUUUUUUCUUCAUGGCACUGGCAUGAACACACACACACACACACACACACACACACACUCAGACAGACAGACAUACACACAGGGACUUGAAAACAUCAGAUCUACACAGCCCAGCACCAUAAAGGAGUCUGCUGUUUCUUUCUUGUUUCCUCUGUUGUUCACGUUGUUCUGUCUUCUUCCACACUGAGAGGAUCUACUAUAGCUGUGCCUGUCUUUGGGAAAGGCUGAUGGAGUAUACCAACUUAACUACAGAGCAACCUCGGAUACAGUGUGUUCCUUCACCUCACUGGGAACUUUUUCUUUUUUUUUUUUCCAGCUGGCACCAUGUUUGUUCCAGAAUCUUCCAUCAUCUCUGAAAAUUUCUCAAGUGGCCUGCGGAGAGCGACACACUCUGUUUGCCCUGGAGGACGGCAGGGUGGCGGCAUGUGGGCAGAAUGAUUAUGGACAAAUUGGCAGUGGCUCUAAUGAAAACGCGGUUGUCCCUCGCUUUGUGGAGUGUGUGGAUCAUGUGUCAAAGGUCACCUGUGGGGCAAACCACAAUCUUGCACUGACAGGUGACGGCAGGAUGUUUCAGUGGGGCUGUGGACGGGCAUGUGGGAACAUUAAGAGGAACAUCCUGUUUCCAGAGGAAGUGACAGUACCAAGCUUGCCAGUGAAAUACAUUGCUGCAGGAUGCUGGCACUGCCUGCUGCUAACAGAUGGUGGGAAUGUCUUCUCCUGGGGGAUGGGGCAAGAGGGACAGCUUGGACUUGGAGAGGACCGAAUUCAUAUCUCAACUCCUUGUCUUCUCAGUUAUUCUCAGCUCACUGGGGUGACACAGAUACAAGCAGGGGACAGCUACAGUGCAGCCAUCACAGCAGGAGGAGAGCUGCUUCUCUGGGGUCAGAUCCACUGCUUGUCCCGGGUCAGUGAUCAUACAGGCCUCAAAAGGAUCUGGACCCCCCAGCCUGUUCCACUGGCAGGCAGAAAGGUGUGUGAUGUAGCCUGUGGUUCCUGGCAUAUGAUGGCCCUCACCACAUGCAGCCACAAGCAGAAUGGAGAAUGUCCUCAUCCAGAAACUGAAGCUCGCUUCAGAAACCUUGUCAGUAAUCCUGUACUGAUGGAGCACACAGAGAAAGAAAACACAGACCAACCUCAGCCCCGGAGUCAAGCUAGUGCCGGACCAGUGUCUUUACUGAAAGCAAGGAGAGAAAACUUAAAUCGGCCCUCUAUAAACCUCCUGGACUCCAGGAAGAUUGAACACAAGUCACGUCACCGUCUUGAGAGCCCAGAGGACUCUGAGGAGCAAGAGAAAGAGAGUAAGAGACCAGAGGAAGAAGAAAGGCAUGAAGACAGACCAAAAAAAGAUGAGGAAGAUGGAGCAUUACACAAUAUAGCAUUUGCCAAAGUGCCAGAGAUGGACAGUAGAGGAAAUGACCAAUCAUCAAUCAAAUCUGACCAAGCGGCUCAGAGGGAGCGUUGCAGGACAGCAGGACCGUGGGAGCUGAGGAAAGGGCCGUGCAGAAGCUAUCAAAGCAGAGACGUAGUCUUUACCUCCUUGCAUCUUUUACCCAGGUUGGAGGGAGAGCAGUACCGGACCAAUACUGGCAUUUUGCCCCGACUUCUGACAGGACAUCAAGCUCAAAGCAGAGCUUUCUCUGAAGCUGGAAAGGGGAGAUCUGUACAUCUGACUGAAGUACUCCCAAAGUCUGGAAGUGAGAGCAGCAUUUUGCCGGGUCCCAGACUCAGACCCCAACCCGAACUCAGACUUCCUGGAAGAUGUCCAGCUCAUGCAGAACAGAGGGUAGUUUCCAUUCAACGUUCAAGAAAUGAAGUUCACACUGACAUGAACUCGCCAGUUUACAAUUCUUCUCCCUACCUGAGCGCUGGACAACCGGUUCAGAUGUCCUUUUCUUCCUUUCAAUUGGGACCACAAGUCAAAACCUCUCUUUUUUUACCGACUCCUUCUUCUUCUGAACCUCUGAGGCACAGUCCCACACCCAACAGAGCUGUUUACUCCUCGAGAACUUUUAGGAAGAAACAUUAAGAAUCCACCGAUUCAACUUGGACCAAGAAAAUCUGUCUGUUGUUUUAUUUUUUUUAUUUUAUACUUUUCUAAUGUCAGGUCAUCAACUGUUUGAAACGAAAAUAUUUUCUAAAUAUAGAAAUCACAAUAUUACGCAGCACAUCCAUAAAGUGGUCAGCAUCUCACUUUUUUUUUUCCCACAAAAAGUCUCCUCAGGGGAAGAAGAACCUGCACUCCACUCAAUACUACAUAUUCUUUUAUUGGUACACAUAUGUAUGAUUAUAUUUAUAAUGUCUUUAUUUGUACAGCACUUUUCAAAAACAAAGCAACAAAGUGCUGUGAACGCAUAAAAGAACCAAAUAAUGGAAAACAUGGUUAAGUGAGAAAAUGUAACGGAGAAAUGCACUUAUUGUAGGCAUAAUUUUCUAAAGUAAAUGAAUGGAUACAAAAAUAAAGCAAAGAUAAAAGCUUUGAAUUUAAGAAAAGAAAGCUGCUAUAUAAAGUGUGUUCUGAGGACUGAUUUAUGGCUAAAUAGUUUUGGCUCCAAGGUGACUGACAAACAGCCGCUUUUACUCUAAGAGCUCUGCAAAACAGGCUCCAAAUCAGCAUUAAGGGACUCCACUUUACCCCACACUGUGAUUUGGCAAAUAUGUUCCUCUUACAAACUAGCUCAGUCAACGACACUCAUGAACCUUGGCCUGAUCUGAAAGCAUUAGAUUCAGUUUCUACGGCCAAAGCCGCCUGAAGAAACUGCUGUCAUUGAGUCACAGCAUUUCAACACAACUUGAGAGGGUUGAGUUUUUCACUGUAUAUUAUUACUGAGCUGUAUGCAUUUUAAAAAGGAUAGUAUGAUGCUUAUUAAAAACCCUCUCACAUCUCACAAGCCCUCUCACAUCUUGGCCUCUUGUAAGACAUUUCACGGUGCAUCGUUUUCAUGGCAACCCAAUUGUGAGGUUCUCUAUCUGUCACUUUCUUCUGUUCUUUUUUGAUGUAUCAGCCUUGUACUCUGAUUGUUUGCCACAGUGCAACCAAUGCCACAAUACCAUUCCUCUAAUAAGGAUUUCUUACAUUUAUAUAUAUAUAAGUUAAGAACUUCACACAUAAUCAUUUCACUUCAAUAAAACAUCCAAGCUAUUAUUUCCUUGAUCCCAGGUUUUACUAAAUUGUAAAUGUAGUUUUUUUUUAAGUAUGUUAAACUGUAUAAAUUAGCUGGUUCAGGAGAGGGAUAAGUAAAACAAUACAGGUGCUCUUCAUUAAAUCUUUUUUACAUUUGCGGGUGUAAAACAUCAACUCUGCCUAGAUACAGCCAUGCAGCACUGAUGGCAUUGAGACAUUCUCCCUCAUCCCACCCAGCUGGCUCCCACACUCCCUAUGGUUUGUUUUGGUGUGUGUGAGUUAGUGUUGGUUGUGUGUAUCACGUCUUUGCCCUGCGAGACUCCUGCCAAUCGAUUCAAGGUGAGACCUGUCGAUUAAACACCCUGAGCCGUGCUCUCUACCUAACCCCAGGGUGAUUCAAUCCCACCCCUUACACACACAUACACACACCCAUACAUAAACACGCGCUCACACACACACACACACCCUCUUCACCUGUCAUCCAUCAAUACCUCCAUCAGGGCCUAUAUUGAUCCCCUCCCUACAGCCUAUUCACCCCAUGCAGUACCACAUCAGGGCUGAGACGACGUCCGUGCAGGUUAAAUUUCUGACAGAUUUACAAUAAAGCUGAAGUUAUUAUUUAACUCUUCCGGCCGCAGUGGGCUCUUUGAUUUAGCACCUUGGGAGAGGGAUGAGUUACAGCUGACACGGAGAAUCUGCCGGGGCUGGAAUGGUAGGCACCCGGUUCAUAACUCAGACGCUGAAUGUGUAGUUAGUCAAUCACUUGAUCUGUAAUCACAAAUGCUGCCAGAAAUUACAUGAGUGAUGAGCUGUAAUAAAAGCACUUACUUUUCCUG